AUUCACUGCCGCACUGUAGGACGGUCGUAGAGCGAACGACUACAUGAAUCAUGAGCGAGGACAAUCUGGAUACUUCGGAGUUUGCUUUGGAGUCGGUGUUCGUGCUUCACAGACAUUCAGUGCGAGCACCUACGUAUUAUGCGCCGAACUUCGAGGAAAUUCAUCCGAAAUCGUAUCCCAGAGGAGCGGGGUAUUUGACACGACGGGGCAUCGAUUUGUGUCUGAGCGUGGCGGAGACAUGGCGUUCUUGGUAUCCCGAGCACAUUAAUGGGUCUGAUCAUCGAACGAUAUUCGUUCGCUCGUCGGAGAGUCCUCGGUGCAAUGAGACCAUAUCGGCGAUACUUCACGCGCUCUUCAGUUCUGGGCCGGAGGGUUUGAACCUCGUACCAAUUUACAGUCCCCCACCUGGAUACGACAAGUAUGUGUCCUGUGCUGGAUUCGACGGAGACAUCAGCUCUCGGAUGAGGAAAGUUUACCAGGAGCCUGUUCUUGAGGCUAAUUCUGCGAACGCGAAAACCGUUAGUGAAUUGCACGACUUCAUCAAAACUUGCUUCAAGGCUCCGGAUGCUUCCGAGUAUGAUGCAUUCGUCUAUAUCGACGGAGUCACUUCAAACGUCUACGAAGGUCUGCCACAACCCAAGUUUUUCACCGAUAAUGAGGCAGCUCUAAAGAAGUUCUAUCAUUUCGCAUAUCACACAGUGAUAGAAGAAUUCUCCCCAUUCUACGGCUUCCAUCUGCUUCAAGGAAUGGCGCGCAGAAUGCAGCAAGUUUUCGACGGUGAAUUGACGACCGGUCAAAAAUGGUGCGACUAUUCGUUCCAUGACUUCAAUUUGUCAUCCGCCCUCUUGGCACUCGAGGCGGAGGUGCGGGAGCCGAAACCCAACUUUCUGGGUGCCAUUUUCUUCGAGCUCCGCAGGAACCAGAAAGACGGGUCACGAGUCGUCGACUUAUAUUAUUGUUCUGGAUUACAACCAGACGGACGUUACAGCCAACGAGAGCCGCUCAGGAUGCGUUGGAAUCAAAAUUCGCAUCGAGCGACUUUCGAUAAGUUAUAUGAAAAAAUGUUCAACAACAUCUAUGUAAAAACAAUGAGAUCGUUGGAAACAAACAAAUAUACCGGUGACGACGCCAUGGUUUAGGUUCAAACGAGUUCACACUUCCUGUUUAAUUGAUGAGUAUAUGUAAUUGUACCUGAGAUUGGAAAUAAAGUGGAUAAAUGAAAAUGUUU